UCCAAACAUUGAGUUUGUGGGAGAAAUGGCAGAGGACUAUGGUGGUCCAAGGAGAGAAUUUUUCAGACUCCUCAUGAUUGAGCUCCAAAGCAACCUUGGGAUUUUUGAGGGCAAACCUGGACUGCUGCUCUUCAGCUACGAUCAAAAGGCUCUAGCUGAAAAUAAAUUUUAUACAGCAGAUCUAAUGGCCUGGUCCAUAAUUCACAAUGGACCAGGCAUUAAGUGCAUUAACAAGGAGCUUUUCAUGAUUAUGUGUGGCCAGAAACCAGACCUCACCACAUUUGAUCAUACUAAUUUCCUGGAAAAUGACCUUGCAGAAAAGCUGGCAAAGGUUGUUGGGUGCAGCUCUCCAGAGGAGCUGACGGAGCUUAAAAACUCCCUGGGGGACUGGAUUUGCGACUGUGGGGUACCCAACAUUUUCACAGCCUCCUUGAGUAAUCUGCCCACAAUUUAUGGGCAGUUAGUGACCCACUUCAUCUAUCACAGAGUGGCAAGUAUUAUCCAGCAGUUCACUUCUGGGCUGAACUCCUGUGGCCGGUUGUGGGAGGUAGUGCUUAAUAAUUGGAAAGCUUUCCUCCCCUUGUUUACCAACACUAGAGGUGCCCUAACAAGAAAUGAAGUCAGAGACCUCUUCAACAUUGUCUGGAGUUCACCAGGGAGCAACAGGGGAGACCUUGAAGAGGAGACUGUCUUCCUCUGGGAAUGCUGGCUAAUGUUGAUUCAAGAAGAAGAUGUGGGCAUAUCCUUUGAGGAGUUCCUAGUGUUUGUAACUGCAGCAGAUUCUGUCCCUCCACUGGGGUUUCAGCAAAAGUGCCAAGUGGAAUUUUAUGACCAAGAGGAGCCAACCAGAAGAAUUCCUUAUGCUUCAACCUGUGCUGACUCUCUACCUACCAAGAGGUGUGUUAGAAGAAGAGGAAUUCAAGGAAUUAAUGUUCCUUGCAAUAAAAGGAUCUCUCGGAUUUGGGAAGGUAUAAGCGUCACCUUUCUAAAGGAUCGGUUUACUUUCAUAAUGUUUGCUGAUAAUUUACUCAUCCUGAUGUCAGAUGAAAGAGAGGGGUUGUAACUGUUGUUGAGAGGGGUUUUAUUCUGGUGUAAUUGUAUUACAGUAAUAAAUGCUUAUGGUCAUUCAACAAAAGCUUGACUAAUGUUUUGCAAACAUCUAAAUCUUUAAACAAAAAUGAUAAAAGUUCUGGUAAAUAUUUUGGGUCAAGAUCUAAAUUUGUUUGGUCAAAGAUUAAGUAAAUUAGAAAACACACUUGGUGUGAGAACUGGGCACUUUUAUUUCAGAAGACUAACAUUAAGUCACAUGACCUUAAAUAAUGACUAUUAAAGUCAGCCGUGAGCAGCAAUUAUUUGGGUCCAUAGAAAUGUAAAAAUGUGACAAUUUCAUACACACAAAAAAGGUGGAUGUUUUGUAUAAUGUUUUUGGUGUCAACACGGAUUCGUAUCAAGAAUGCAUAAAUCAUGAAUACGAAUAUAAAAGAGGAUGAAAACAUGUAUAUUGGACCAUAAUCUAAUCAAACUUAAAAGGUUAGCGCUGUUUUGUCCAUUGAAUGAAAGUCAACCAUAACAUGCAGUCUUAAGUUCUUUAUUAGGAUUAACUCGUCCUUUUCUUAC